AUGGAUGGCACGAUUGAGAGACGCGCAUAUUAUCCAGGUGAAGUCAUACCUGUUGUGUGUAAUGUUGGUAACCAGUCGUCCACACGAGUCAUACCCCGAGUGACUCUCAGACAAACCCAGACUUAUAUAGUGCCGAUUCCGGCUGAUGUGGCCAUAUCAGGGGACUGUCCUAUUCUAAUGGUUACGUAUGACUUGCAUCUUACCGCUGAUAUCCCAUCGGCACGGGAUCUACACGUAAACAUACCUGUUAUAAUCACCACACUUAACAUUGUCAAUCAGGUUAGCCAGUGUUUACUGGACGGACUGGACGAACUGGAAGGACUGGAUGGACUGGACGGACUGGACGGAAGACGACGACAACUCAUAUUCUGA